AUGGACUCGUCCGAACCUUCACAGCCGGACACCUUAGAGUCCACCAAUAAGCUUCUUCACGAUUUGGAGCGGAAGAUCUCGUUUGCGCUGACUACCUCGCUGAAUCAAACAGCAAACAGCCAUGGCUCCGUGGUCCACGACACGCAAAUGGCUGGCUUAGCCCGCUACAAUAUCCAGCUGAGUGUUCUUCUGUACAUCCGUGACAAUGGUCCGGAUUUCGAUGCCGAUCAGGUCUAUGUCGACCGUCAACAGAAGUUCAUGACCAAAUUCGCCCGCGAGUACUCGCCUGGCAACGUCAGCCCGCUGAGACCCCAAAUACGUGUGAGCGAGGAUGCAAUUGUCGAUUCGCUCGACGAAGGACCUCUGUCCUCCAUAAAUACGCUGCCGAAGCCAAAUCUCACCUAUCCAGACCAACCACUAAAGAAAACAAUUCUGCCGACAUCUAAGAUGGAGAGUCUACGGGAGCCUGUGACCAAAAAGGGGAAUGUAGCGCUAGAUGUGCCAGCGGCAGCCUCAACUACUGACGCAGAGUCUCUUCGGGCCAGCAUAGAACUCGGAUCUGACACAUACGAUGGUUCAGACGCAUACGACGGCUCAGAUGCGUAUGACGAUUACUACGACGGCGAAUUCGACAGCGGCGAGGAUGACUACGGUGAUGACGAUUUCGAAAAUGAGUUCAACGAUCUCAGUGACUCUUACGGCAUUGAAGACAACGGCCUUACCGACGAACAGCUUCUACCUCCUCUGCCUCCACGACUGCCUCCACGGGAAAUGGAUCCGGACAAGUUAUACGGUUUAUAUGACUUUUCUGGACCUGAUCCUCUGCAUUGCACGCUUGCUCGCGAUGAGCCGGUGUUCCUCAUCAACGAUCUGGACAACUAUUGGUGGCUAAUCCGGAAAAUGUCGAGAACUGAGCGUAUGAGUCUAUGGAAUGCCCGCGGCUCCGAAGAUAAUUUUGAAUCUGAUGAAGAAGAUGGAAAGAUAGGCUUUGUUCCUGCUGAAUGCUUGGAAACUUACGGCGAGCGAUUGGCUCGGCUCAACUGUCACAAGAACGAAGAGCUUGAAAAAUCAUCUCGCGAGACUCUUUCCUUGGAUCACUACGGAAUUGGCAAUGGCAGUGCAACCUUCCUGAGUACCUCUCAAGUUAAUAUGCACCAUAAUGUUUCCUCGAACGACCUCUCGGACAAAUCCCCAUACCAUACUCCCGGACCUUCUGGAGAUGUUGUCUCCUCCAAUGAAAAGUUUGUGGACUCUUCGAGUGAUUUCAAACAAGCUGAAAUAAAGCCUCUGACCGAUGAUCUACCGCUUGGCAGGAAAGGAUCCAUUUUGAAAAAAUCUAGAAGCUACAAACAAAGCAAUAAGCUGGUGACAUUUGAGAACUUGGGCGACAUAAACUUGGACGAUGACGACUCCGACGACGAUAUUGAUUUCUCCGAGCACUAUUUCCACGUAGGACACGAUGACAUUAAGCAGAAUCGUAUCCACUACGAAGACGCAGAGAAACACAGCGAAGUUUUAAGUGACGUAUAUCCUGCCGAUGUGCUGCUCCAAAUCAACAAAAGUCCACGCAAACUGGCCAGUCCUGUCGAAAGUAGCUUCGGCGAAGGCAUUGGUCAAAGUGUCAUGAACACUUCGUUGUUUGCUCCUCCUCAUGCUAUAUCUACCUUAGACAAUGACUCAAUUGGCACUUACUCCCCAGACACUCCCCCAACGGAUAAGUUCAAGUCGCCAAGAGACGAAUUCAACUCUGGAAACAUCCGCAGGUCUCAAAUUCUCGACAGACUCUCUCGUGUUACGUCCGACAUCCAAGAACAACUUGGAAGCAGCGAUGACGGCGAUCACCUCGACUUUGGAGGUGCACUCAGAGCAGAUUUGAGUGAUAACGACAACACCUCGGUGUUUGCCGACUACACAGGAGACAGCACUGCCAAUCAGGUAGAGGACUAUUACGACAAUGAGACGGGGCUGGAAUGCGACGAUGGGCAAAAGAGUAAUGACUGCGAUACUCCACUUACAAGCACGAACUCACUCAGUAACUUCUCCAGUUCACCUAAUCCGCUGAUUCAAGAAAAGCGUAAGUCCAAGCCAGUUCACGACAUGUUUAUGCCCAUUUUGGGCAAGUUGGACGAGCUAACGGAGAAGUUGGCCGAGCUUGAGCAUCAUCUACUUUGA